UUUUGGAGUAACACAAGGAACUGGUGAUCAAAACCCUUCAAGUUUUGGAGUAACACAAGGUAGUUCUGGACUCCUCCAAGGUCUUGGAGUUGUCGCCAAGUGUUCCAACGGACCACAUCUGGCAAAAGCGUCUUCACUGGAGUCUCUGUCAGAUGCUGGAGGAAGGUUUGAGAGGGACUCUGAACUGAGGAGGUCCAAAAGCUCGAUGAACGGUUUCUGCAGUGGCAGAUCCAGGUCUGACCCUGAUGAGGAUAUUGAUGACUUGCUGCUCCCGGGUGGUAGACAGAACAAUGAAGGAUUCGAUCAUUUACCGUUGGACAGUGGCGUGGAGAGUGCAGCCUCUAGCUGGGACCGCAUGGCAGAGUCUGCGCAUGCGCGACUCCAGGACGAACUGAGGAGAGCUCAUCACAAACUGAAGCUGAAGGAUGAGGAGGUGACCAGACUCAGCAGGAUCAGGAACGAGGUGGAAGCCGAACUCGAAGAGUUGACCGCUAGUCUCUUCCAGGAAGCACACAACAUGGUUAGGGAGGCAAACGUAGCUCAGGCAGCGGCCGAGAAGGCCCUCAAGGAGAGUCACAUGCAGAUCGAUGUGUUGACCGCUGAGGUGGCCGCCCUCAAGACCCUGGUGCUCACCUCCACGCCCAGUCGACCCAACCCGCAUCUGCAUCCACAGAUUGAUCCCAAGUCCAAGGAGGAUCACGGUGGUAACGGUAGCGGUCUCUUCCGUAAACAGCAUCGUAGAUCACCUUCUCAUUUCAACUUGAAGUAUGGCAGGGAAAAUUCCCCACCCGAUUCGCCAGCCAAAGAGCAGAAGGCUCCUCAAAGCCAGGUUGACACCGGUGACAACGUGGAUAUGCUAGAGGUAAGAUCCUAGGUGACAAUGUGGGCA